AAUCUGCCUGGCUUCGUACUUGUGUGUUUGGAACCCUCGCACGUCGACUGGGAUUUGGUGAUCACUGUCGCCGAUGUGUCUGCUCACGAGGUUCCCGCCCUGCAUCCAGGACAGAAAUCUACAUUUGCAGUGGCGUGGCACACUCGCCAGGAAUGCUGCGUCCUGAGGGCGGCGGGCUCCUGCGGUUAUUAUGGAACACGGACCACUUGAAAGACAGUGCAAUUGUUCGCUCGACAGGCCCGAUACUGAGCCAGCAUGACAUUUGGGCUCGGCAAACAACUGCGACCUUGCUUACGAGUUGUCACCUUCAUCGUCGUUUUUGCUCUUCUUUCCCUCCUGUACAUGGUGGAACAGUCCUUGCCGAGACACUUCGAGCAUGUCGCUACAUCCAUCAUUGAAGAAACAAACGCCUCCGAAAAUAUCGAUCGUCUUAAACGUUUCCUGGUGUGGUCCAGCAAGUGCAAGAUCCCAGAUGCAGACCCUUACCAGAAGUCUGUCAUGAAGCUAAUGAAGCCAGCUGAGCCAAUCAACUGCUCGAACAAGGCCCCUUUGACCUACGUGGUAUCCGUCACGAAUACCAGUCAGUACAAGUUGGUGAUCGACACAAACCUUAAGAACAAGUACGUCACAGAUCAGCAAACACUCUCUUGCUGUUUCUCUAUCAUCACAAGGGACAGUCUCUCUUCCAAACCCACGUACAACAAGUCUGCUGAUAAUUUGUACACUUUGGGGAGCUGCAAACACUUGGAGAACGAGACUAUUUUGCAUCCUGAAGUGGAGUUCAUUCUGGUGAAGUGUCACAGCGAACAAGCAAUUGCAUCUGGAAAGAAUAAGAGAAAAGAAGUUUACAGUAACAUGCACGCAGUAGUUCCUAUUAAAGAAGAAGUUAAAUGGAAGUUGGAAACAAAUAAAUCUUCAAAGCACCCCAGGAGGUUAAGCGUUCUUUUACUUGGUCUUGAUUCCAUAUCUCGACUUAACAUGAUACGAAAAAUGCCUAAAACCGUUUCCUACCUAACUCAAACUGGUUGGGUUGAACUCAAAGGCUACAACAAAGUUGGAGACAACACACUCCCUAAUUUAAUGGCGCUUCUGACAGGAUACAACAUGAAGGAAAUCAAACGGUCAUGCUGGCCAUCAAUGGACGCUAAGUUUGAUGACUGUCCUUUUAUAUGGAAGAACUUCAGCAAGCAAGGAUAUAUAACUAUUUUCACAGAAGAUGAACCAACUAUAAGCACUUUUAACUACCACAAAACAGGCUUUGUCAAUCCUCCGACAGACUACUAUCUCAGACCGUACCUUCUCGCGGCAGAACAGCACUUAACGACGAAAAUGAAGGACAGCAUGGCUGUUUGUUUGGGACCAGUUUCUACAGCAGACCACAUAUUGCACUAUGUUUACAACUUCCUGAGCACGUUCAAGGAUGCACUUUACUUUGGGCUCAUGUGGCUGAACAACUUCAGUCACAACAACCCAAACACCCCCGGUGCCAUGGAUUCACGUAUGGUGAGUUUUUUCAAGGAUCUGGUGCAAAUUGGCACCUUGAACUCAUCCAUGAUCGUGUUCUUGAGCGACCACGGCAUGCGGUUCGGCAAAAUAAGGGAGACGAGCAGCGGCUGGCUCGAGGAAAGACUACCAUUCUGUUACGUCUGGGUCCCAGAGUGGUUCAGGAAAGAGAACCCUGCUGCAUACCGCAACGUCAUCCAGAACGGCAACCACCUAGUCUCACCAUUCGACUUACACUUAAGUUUGAGGAACAUCCUAGACAGCAACACCGAAGAUUCCACGCCAUGGAAUGCAAUGAACACGACCUCUGGUUGUUCAUCUUGCAUGGAUUUAUUUUCCGACACGACCGAAGACAGACUGUGCGAAGACGCGGGCAUCACACCCCACUGGUGUACAUGUUACGAAUACAGGUCAGUGCCUACGGAUGAAAAAGUGGUACAGAAAGUAGCAAAGUUCGUGGUCAACGAGAUACAUGACUAUUUUAAAAACCGACAUCCUGCUGUACCAACUGAUCUUUGUGCCACCCUGCAAGUACACACCAUAGUUGGAGCCAAAAUAAAACUUCCUCAUGAUGGUGAACACGUGUCCUACAAUGAUUAUCUAAUUACGUUCCUAACCACCCCUGGCAAGGCAUUAUUUGAGUCCACUGUCCGUCUCUGGGGACACGAUUCCAUGGAGCUGCAGGGUAAGAUCAGUAGGCUUAAUUCUUAUUACAGCCAGAGCAGGUGUAUAGCUGACAGUGAACUUAAGCCAUUUUGUUUUUGCGUUAAGUGAUUUUUAUACCAUUUAGUAAGACACCAGUGUGCAUAAGCAUAAAAACAGUUAAUGAACCAAGAUGAUAGUGAAUGUGUUCUAAAGAAAUGUACCGAGUCAGAUAACAAGCAAUGGGUGUGAUUAAGAGUGUAGUUUCGUUACAUAUAUACAGAGUGGGACCAAGUGACAGUAACUGACUGAAAUUCAAAGUACAAGUAUUAAAAUAAAUGUAUCAUUAAAAUUAAAUUUUGUAACUAUUA